UCUCUAUAAGACUCACACCCCCUUCUCCCAACAAUUCACGCCGCAAUGCCCUCAACCUGCAGCAAAGACAGCCCCACCACUGCUCACCACCCCACGGCUGGUGCCUGCUCCCCUUCAGCUUUCCGGUGGUUCGAUUUCGACUUUUCACUCAGAUCGUCGCCGAUGCGAUGGACGGGCAUGUUCGGGUCCUACAUCUCGCCUCCCAGGCGGCCUGCCUCUGGCUCGGGCUUCCGUUGGAGGCUGACGGACUGGUCGAACCUCCUCAGCCUCUCCAUUGUGGACGACUUCAUCUGGGGACUCGUCACCGCCUUCGAGUCCGUCUGCAUCGUCUCCACUCUCUGCUUCUUCUUCUUGUUCUGUGGCUGUACCGUCUGAAGUGAACAAUCUCUCGCAGGGAUUCUGUGCCUAUGAAGUGGUGCCGACAUCGUUUUUGGCCAGACAGGUUUGGGAUUCUACUGGGCGGAGCCAUCGAUGUUGCCGAGAGCGAAGCAGAAAGGUGGAGUGACUUGGGCCACCGAUGCGCCCGGAUUUCCUUAUUUUCCGUUUUUUCUUUGGGUUUCCCCCAUUUUUCCCUUGGGGGUGAUUUUGUUUCCGUUUCCAUUUCUUUUUUCCCCAACCUUUUAUGUUCAUUUGUAGUGGAAAUCUGCAUAGCAGCUGGGGGAAAACAUUCCCUCGCUAGAUUAUGGCGAGCAUUUGGCUUUGGAUCUUGUAAAUAUUUCGUUCAGAGAAGAGCAGAAUAGUGGAUUUCCCAUUGCCA